UUUCCAUAAGCACAGAGUUUUAGCUAUCGUUUGGAGCCAAACAAAAUUAUUGUUGAAAAAUAAUUUUAAAAUAAAAAGACCAUAAUGCUUUCCGUAAGGCGAGUAAGGGCUAAAACCAGUGUCAAAAAGAGGACCACGGGUAGGAAAGUGCCCAAAAUGGAUCCACAGCAGCAGCGUUACUUGAAGACCCGCUUCAAGACCACUCGGCCCAAUUCAAAAUCCUCCGUGCCACCGAACCAAAGGAUUUGGCGGCGAACUGUAGUUCAGACGAAACCUAAACAAAAAUCAAAGAUCCCCAAAAUAUUCCGCAUGGAUCGUGUUACGGGUCUUCCUGUGGAUUACGAAAGAACUGUUCAGCGGGUAAUGCACUAUGUGAAUCCCCAUUUGAACAAUCCACCCAGUGAAGAGGAAGUCCUAGAGGAGCUGCUGACCAAAAUGUUCGCCCAGUUGAUACGACGGGGUUAUGAGAGUCGUGAUCAGGUCACUCGACUGCGGUCCUUUUUCAAGGACAACUGCAAAUGCCAAAGGAUUAGCCACUUGCUCAGCAGGAGCGAGCAAAACAUGCGCGAAGCAAACGAGAACUUAUGUAAUUUCCACAGUGCUUGCAAACGAGGACCUCGUCAAAUUCUAAACCCCAAUCUUGGUCCCACAUACAUGAGUAGGUUCAAUUUCAACCAGUUGAGGAUCAAAAGCACCUAAUUAAAGGUGCGAAGGUGCAUUGUUUAUAAUGUCCAAGGAUGUAAUUUUUCGGUUAUUUCAAUUUGGGAGUAUAGCAGAAAGUCAAUAGAUGAAAGUAAAGCUUUUCAAUAAAAUAUUUUGCACUUUUACAACGAUA